AUGGCAUUCCAAGACCGACGACCUCCCGCCUCCUUCCUAUCCCUACCCUCCGAACUACGCAAUGCGAUCUACACCUACCUCUUCGACCCGGCCUACUCAACGACCGAAGCAGACCUCUCCUCUCCACCAAGCGAACCCCCCAACGCCCCGUCGACCGAGCCCUCCCGACCCGACCUCCGGCCCUCCUGCGCCGUCGAGUCCAACAACCAGCGCUCCAGCCACGCCCUGCGCGUGCUGCAGACCUGCAAGCAGAUGCACCACGAAGCGCGGCUGCUGGCGCUGACCCAUCUCCCCUUCCACGUGCGCGGCGAGACGGCGCUCCCGGAGACGUUCAGCGUGCGGUCGGCCCGGCUGCCGCGGGACCGGCUGCGCGCGGUGCGCACGCUCACGCUGACCGCGCGCAUCAGCCACCUGCGCGCCAUGAACGAGGCCUGGGGCGGCGUGCCGUUCGGCGCCCCGGAGCUGCGGCUGGACGCGCUGGUCAUCGUGCCCUCGCGGCCGGACGUGACGGACCUGCCGUUCCGCGAGAUCGCCGACCUCAGCCAGAGCCACACGCUGGCGUACGUGCUGGGGGAGACGCUGAAGGGGCUGCGGAACGUGGGGUACGUCGAGGUGAGGAACCACGGGUGCUUCGACGGCGCGGUGUGGGAGAAGCUGUACUGCGGCGUCGUGUAUCGGCUGUGGAGGUGGGGCGGCGGGAAGUGUGGGAUUCGGUUCGCCAGCGGGAGGGCGGAGGAGCCUGGGAGGGCGGCGGAGGAGAAUCGGUGGUUUCGCGCGUAUCUGAAGGACGAGAAGGGAGACGAAGGGGUGGAGGUGGGUGUGGAGGUUUGUAGGCUGGUGGGCACGAGUGGGCAGUUCCCGUUUGACCCGUCAAUUGAUCCGAGGACGGAUAUGUGA